ACUGUUCACUUUCAGCUGUCACGGAGGGUAACUCAGACCAGGCUUAGGAAUCACUUGAUUUAACUCAGCAGCACUUUAAAAAUUUUGUGUCUAUUACUCUAGCAGUCCUCUCUAAAUACCAGAGGCAUUAGAUUUCAUGUCAGCAGAUGUCAAAAACUGCCAAAAACUGUAAUUGGUUAGAAAUAGUUAUUUUGUAGGAUUUUACAUUAUAAGGGGAAAGCUCCAAAGUGCUCUGAAAUGAAAGAAGAAUUAAGUUGUGUUUUUAUCCAAACGAAUUGGCAUCUUUAUAUGUAGGGGAAGUUAUGCUAGCAAAUAUUUAUUUCAAGAACCAUGACCAGGAAGCACUUUGGAAGUUUAUUAGAGAAGUAAAUGUUUUACACUCAAGGACAGGAUCUGCAUGUACCUCUGUGGCUCUGGGUAUCUGGUGAAGAUCAUUUUAGGUAACUGACCAAGGGCAGGAAAUGCCCCAGUGAUACUGGACCCACAGCCAUAUUGCCAGCACCAUGUCUACUAUACAAAGAAAAGGCAGCAGCCACCUGUUUGACAGUUUGUCCACCUGUAAACUGAAGUUUCCAGAAGACCAGCGACAGCAAGAAAAAUCUGUCAUUGCUCAACCAAUAUUUGUUUUUGCAAAGAGAGAACAAACUUUUAAGAGACCUGCAGAGGACUCCACCUAUGAAGCAUCAGAACAUGAAUGCAAUGGUUUUCUGAGAAAGCGCGUAAGGUCUUCAUCUUUUACUUUGCACACUACACAUCCUCAGUCCCCAGGAGCAUCAAGCUUGUCCCAGAAUCGAAUGAGAUCAUCAUCCUUCACCAACCUCCUGACCUUCCCCCCUUCUGGGCCAGUGAAGAAAAACAAUGUUUUUAUGACAUCAUCUCUUGUGCAAAGGAAUGCUGACAUGAACAGUACAGAACAAGGUCCUGUGAAACAUUCUGAACAUGUUCUAAGACCUGCUAUUUUGCAGCCACCUCAAGCUCAAAGGUGUGAAAAAGUGAGAAAAACAUUUGGACACAAUUCCCUGGAAGCCUGCAAGACCAAAGAAAAAACAAAGAAUAAGAUCUCUGAGGGGAACUCCUGUUUGCUAAGUGAAAAUUUACCAAGUGCCAGAAUUUCAGUCCAGCUGACUACUAACCAGAAUUGUUUAGGUGCUACAUCAGUAGGAUGUCAACCAAAUGAAGAUAAGUAUUCUUUUAAAAGCUGCAGUUCUGACUUCGUGUUUGGAGAAAACAUGGUAGAAAGAGUUUUGGAUACUCAAAAUCUCACCCAACCUCAACUGGAAAAUGAUUCACACACUGAGGAAAAACCAUUCAAAUCCACCCUAGAAUUCCCUGUUACCUCUCCAAACUCAAGCACACACUCUAUUCAAAGGAUAUCCCUAAUUGAAUCAGCUGCUGCUUUCUCUUCUAAGCCAUCACCAAAAUGCUUGCUGGAGAAAAUUGAUGUUGUAACAGGGGAAGAAGCAGAGCAUAAUGUGUUAAAGAUCAACUGCAAGCUUUUUAUAUUCAACAAAACAACACAGUCGUGGAUUGAAAGGGGCAGAGGAGCUUUGAGGCUGAAUGACACAGCAAGCAGUGACUGUGGAACAUUCCAGUCAAGACUAAUUAUGCGCAAUCAAGGCAGCCUGAGGCUGAUUCUCAAUAGCAAACUCUGGACUCAAAUGGAGAUUCAAAGAGCAAACCACAAAAAUUUGAGAAUAACAGCGACUGACUUAGAAGACUAUAGCAUCAAAGUGUUUUUAAUUCAGGCCAGUGCCAAAGACACAGGAUGUCUGUAUGCAGCAAUACAUCAUCGGCUUGUUGCACUUCGAAGUUUUGAUAAACAGAAAGAUCUAAAUCAAGCUGAAAGCCAGUCAGAAACAAUCCUCCAACAACUAAACUGCGAAAGCUGUGACGAAGAUGAGGAUGAUUUCAUCCAAGUCACUAAAAAUAGAUCAGAUCCUUCUAGGUGGACCCACAGACAGUCGGUUGCCUGUUCAUGAGCGCUAUCUACUAUAAACGUGACAACAUCUACAAAAAGAUUGGUCAUCUUACUGAAAAUACUAAACCAUCUUAACUAAAUAAGAAGAUCCGAUUCAUUCCUUGAAGAGUUUUUAUAGUAAAGUUCAUGAAAUAUAAUUUGUUGCAAUUAAGAUUUUUCUCUAUAUAGUCUAAUAAUUGCAAGAUUUUACAUUUUGAUUAUUGUGGAGAAAAUGACGGAAUUUAAGAAAUACAUGGACUUUGGAAGUUCAAAAUUUAUCAUUUUUGAAGAAGCUAAUUUAGAAUAGGAUUUAAAAACUAAUUUGGACUAUUCAUCACAUUGGUGGAUAUAAUAGUUAAAAUAAAUUGCUGGAUUUGAUAAAUACCUAACUAAAAUAUUUUUUCAGUCAUACAUAGUCUGGUCAUAAAACAAAUAUUUUACAAGAUUUCCAGUCAUUUCUUCCAAAACACUGUAAUCGCAUGCUAACAUUUCAUGAAGUCAUGUUUCUCUUCUGGGAAAUGUGUAUUUUCAUUUAACCUUUGGAUUUACUAAUACUAUAAUACUAUUGUAUAUUCAUGGUGUGAAUUCCUUUAAAGAUAGUAUUGUUCUUGGACCUGUAUCCAUUUUACCUUGUAUAUGCUUGACUCCAGUUCAGCAUCCAGUAGUUGUUGAAAGGAUGAGCAAAAUACAUUAUCUAUGUAACAAAACAGUAAGUAUACAGAAAGUAAAAUAUGUUAACUUGUUCUUUGUUUUAUGUAAUUAAAUUGUCAUUAAUAGUCUAAUGGUUGUAGCUGUAUAGUGACCUUUUUAAAAAAAUAUAUAUAUAUUCAUAUAUACCCAAA